AUGACAAACGACCCCCCAAAGCCCGACAUGGCCAACAACACCACCUUGGGCGACACCUCCGCCCUAAGCGAAGACGUCCCCGGCGAGCUCACCGCAGUAGUCGACGAGCUGCUCGACAGCCUGAGCACAAAGUUCGCCAGCGUCUCGAGCGAGAUCUUUGAGAAGAUCGAGGCCAUGUCGAAGCGCCUGGACGCGAUGGAGGCGUCGCUGCAGCAGUCGGGUGCUGGCACGCCGAAAUAA